AUGACUACAUCACCAACUCCAAUCCAAGAAGAACGUAGACAAACUCCUAAUGCCGUCACAGCAUCUACUAAGGGUGACCAAUCUUUAACCGAGGAGAGAGUUUCAAACAUUGGUUGGUAUUUCAUUAAAUCGUACUAUGAUUUCUAUAUUGCCAAAUUGGAUGUCAUUCACAAGAUUUAUCAUGACAAUGCAUCUAUUUUACACGAUGCUUUCCCAGAGGAAGACAGGAAGAAGAAGGAUGGUGAUGAUGAGGAUGAGUUGACCACUACUUAUAAAGCUAAAGGUACUGAUGCUAUUAAAAAAUGCUUUGCUGAACAUUUAUCUGGUGGGGGUGACGAUAACAACAGAAUUGUUAUUACUAGUGCUACUUUUCAAGUAUCUUUGGAAAAGAAUAUUAUUAUUGUUACUUUUGGAGAAUGGUCUAAAAAUGACUCACCCUUUAAACAAUUUACUCAAACUUUUGUCUUGACUCCUGGUAAAAGAGAAAGUACUUAUGAUGUGGCUAAUGAUGUUUUGAAAUUCAUUGAAAGUAAUGGAUUUAAAAACAAUCUGCCAGUGCAAGACGAAUCCAAGGAAGGGGGAAGUCAUGUCAUAGAAGAGAAACCAGCUGCAAGUGUUGAUGGUGGUGUUUCAGAUGAAAAACAAGAGCCAAUACCAGAUCCAAUUGAGAAAAAGGUUGAACCAGAGAAGAAGGCCAUAGACGAGGAGGAAUUAGCCGAGGCUCAGAAAGAAACUGAACAAGAAAAGAAGGAGCCAGUUGCUCAAGAAAACGCCGAGAUAAAGAAGGAAGAAGCUCCAAAAUCGGAACCAUUAGAAAAAGAAGAGGAAAAGGAACAACCACCAAAAGAAGAAAAGAAACCUGAAGAACCGGCUAAAUCAAAGAGUCCACCCCAACCAAUGACAUGGGCUGACUUAGCCUACCAAGCUGUCCCAGCUUCCAAACCAACAUCAAAGCCAACAACAUCAACCAGCACAGCUACAUCUACACCCACCUCCACCAAAAAGACCCCAGUGGCUGUUUCACAACAGCAACAACCACAAUCAACCACUGGAGGUGGCAGUGGUAAAUUCAAAAAAGACGAAUGGUAUCCAAUCUACAUACGUGGUAUCCGUUCAAUUGAUGAAAAAGUAUUACGCGAUCAUAUCACCAAGAAAUUUGGUGAAUUAAAAUUCUUUCGUACGAAUCAAAACAUUGCAUUGUGCGAUUUUGUCCUCAAAGAAGCCCAAAGAAAAGCAUUGGAUGCUAAAGAAACCACGUUGGAUGGAGUUGUUAUUAAUUUAGAACCAAGAGAAUCAAAGACUGGUAAUAAUUUCCAUAAUAACAAUGGUAAUUAUAAGAAGAAGUUUGGAGAUAAAGAAGGCAGCAAAGAGAAAUUUGGAGAAAAGAAGGGUACCAAUGGUGGUGUUGGUGUUACUGGAGGUAGUGGUAAGUUUGCUGAUGGAAAGAAGGUUGGUGGUAAUGUUGCUGGCGCUAAACAAAAAUCAGGUAAAUUGAAUGCGACAAAAUAG